UUCUUAGUUCAGAUGUCAUGAAGGAAGAACUUACCAAACAGAAUGAUAACGUGUCAGUGGAUUCACGUAAACGAAUUUCCAAAGUGAAAGUAGCCCUAACGCUUGGACACUCCGCAUCUCAUAGAGCAAAAACAGCGAGCUCUGUCGAUGACUUUACCCACGACUGGAGCUUUUAUGUUAGAGGCGACCACGGCUGUAAAAUACAUCAUUACAUAGAGAGAGUGGUCUUCAAGUUGCAUGAGAGUUUUAAGAAUCCUGUUCAAGUGAUCAAGAAACCACCGUACGAGAUCCAUGAGCAAGGUUACGGAACAUUCAUCCUGUUUGUGGAGGUGAAUUUCAAGAACAAACGUAACCCAAAACAAAUUGAGUACAAAUACGAUCUAGUUCUGCCUGCAGAUGGGGUUCCACCGAUCAAUAGAGCAAGGAAAGAAAUAUUGACGUUCACUAAUCCCAACAAGGAGUUCAUGACAAAACUCAUCGACGGUGGCGGGGCCUUGCAACACGAAAACUUACCAUCAACAUCCCUUCCAAAACAACCUGCCCAAAUAGAACCGCCUAAAGAAUCAAAUGUCCCUAGUCCGUCAGUCAAUAAAAACAGGGAACAUACUCCAAAACCCUCCAAGGAGCAAGAAGAGAGACGCGCAGCAAAAGAGAAAAGAAAAGAAGAGAGGAGAAAAGAGAAGAGAGCGGUCGAAGACGAAGAGGAGGAGGAAGAUGAUGAGGAUGUUAGGGCAAGAAAGAAAGAGAAAAGAAAAGAAGAGAAGAGAAAAGAGAAGAGAGCGGUCGAGGACGAAGGGGAGGAGGAGGAUGAUGAUGAUGUUAGGGCAAGGAAGAAAGAGAAAAGAAAAGAAGAGAGGAGAAAAGAGAAGAGAGCGGUCGAAGAAGAAGACGAGGAGGAGGAUGAUGAGGAUGUUAGGGCGCGAAAGAAAGAGAAAAGAAAAGAAGAGAGGAGAAAAGAGAAGAGAGCGGUCGAAAACGAAGAAGAGGAGGAGAACGAGGAGGAUGUUAGGGUCAGAAAGAAAGAGAAAAAGAAGGAACGAAAUUCAGUCGAAGAAGAGGAAAAUGUGGAGCAAAGACCGGUUGUACAGAAAGAGCCGGAUGUGAGUCAAGCGGUGGUUAAAGAUUCCAAGAAACAUAAGAAGAGUAGUCGGCCUCCCUCAUCUACAACCCCAGUCGUUAAUAAUAAGGAGAAUAAAGCCGAAAGAAAACCAAAAUCAGAAGACAGGCAAAAACAAAAGAUCUCGUCCGUACUAGCUGCGAUUGGUGAUGUUGAAUCUUCAGACGAUGAGAAUUCACAAUAUUUCAAGGAAUCGCCUAAAAAAGAACCAAUUAAACAUCAUGAACAAACAGAACCCCAGAGUUCCAAGAAGUGUCCAUCUAAACCUGUUCAGAAAGAAAAACCAAAACGACAAAAACCAGAGGACUCGUUUUUGGAAUUUGAUAGCAUUGAUGCUUUGAAGGUGAAGAAAAAAUCUAAAUCUAAACCAGAGAAAUCAUCAGGAAAGAUUCAGUCUGACUCAGACAGGAAGCCCGUCACUUUCAACAAAGAUUCAGAAAAACCCAGACCUCCAAAAACUGUCAAAGUUGAAAAAGAAACAAAGCACUCGAAGAAGUAUUCAAGUUCAAAUUCAGACGAAGACAGUAAACAAGCGAAACAAACAGGUGAUACAUUUUUGGAGUUUGAUAACAUAAGCACUCUUAAGCCUAAAAAGAAGCCUCAUGAAACCCCUCAAAUCAAAUCAGAACACCAUGAAGCCAAGCACUCUAAAAAAUAUUCAAGCUCCAAUUCAGACGAAGAUAAUAGAUCAUCGAAACAAACGGAUGACACAUUCAUGGAGUUUGAUAACAUAAGCACUCUUAAGCCUAAGAAAAAAUCUCAAAUAAAAUCGGAGCAUCAUGAAAAAUCGAAAAAAAGAGAAAAAGAUGAUGACCUCAUCAAAAGUAAGGAAAGUAAAAAGAAAGAUAAGUCCAAACACAUAAAAGAGUUGAAACCGGAAAAACCAAGAAAACGAUCAAGUUCUCUUUCUAGCGACACUGAAGACGAUGCUGAGGAGGACGGUGAGAUCAGGACCCCCUCUUCUGAUGUGGAUAUUGAUGCUGAUGAAGCGGAAGUCGCUCGAAUAUUAAGCAUGGAACCUGAGGAGAAAGCGUUUAAAGAAGAUGAGAGGGUUCCACAGAAAACUAAAUCUAAAGAAAAGAAGAACAAGCACAAAGCUCUUAAGAAAGAUCCAGAAGCUUGGAGGCCUUACGACAUUAAGGAUGAGGGUGUAGAGCCUCCUAAAAUGAAGAGUGAUGGUUCCUCAAAGUUUUCGACCUCUCCCAUGCAACCUGACAGUUCUAAUUUGAAACAAGAAAAGAAUUCUUCUGAAAGUUCUGCUUCAAAGCAAUCAAAAUCCUACUCAAAACCUCCAGAGUUUCACAGAUCCGCACCAGAGCACGAAGCCACAAAACCAGAACUGCACAGUCCACCAUCUUCUUCCCACAUGCCCGACAUUCCCUCACCUCCUCUCCGACAGCGAGUCUCUGAGUCAUCCCUUGACCAGGAACACGCCUACAGACCCGACCAGUCUUACUCCAGUGAGAUGGUUGCUCCAUUAAGACAGGAACCUUCCAUAAUGUCACCGGACCACCUUCGUUUCAUGCUGAACAUUUACAAUAAGAUCCAUCAGUUGCAGAAAACGGAUGAUAAAAGCGCCAUAUCAGAAGUUGUCAACAUUUUAUCUACUAACGGUAGCACUAACAUGGAAUUGAAAGACGAGAAUGUAACGUUUGAUCUAGUGAACUGUGACAUGGAGACUCUGAAUACCAUUGACAGUGUUUUGUCAUAGCAUAACCAGGGUAAUGCUGCUUUUGUCAUUUCUGUUUUAUUCAACCAGAUAUAUAUUAUAUUUAUAAUAAUUUCAUCUGCUUUGUCUGCUGAAUUUUGUAAUUUUAUGCUUAAACAAAUUUUAAUUACUUAUCUAUUAAGUUGAUAAGGU